AUGGAAUUCGUAAUUUUGAAUUCCCUAACGCCGCCGCCGGCCGAAGGAGUCACCAACGCCUCCACCACCGCCAAAGGUACUCCUUCUCGGGAGAAUUUCAAGAGAAAGCGGUCCAGGGGUGGCCCUACUCUUCUCCAAAGCACUAAUGUUAAUUCCGGCUCUUCCAACCCGACCGAUGCUGCCGACACCGCCGCCGAGCCCAAAUACGAAUGUAACGUUUGCCGAAAGCGGUUCUAUUGUUUCCAGGCCUUGGGCGGCCACAAAUCAUCUCACCGGAAGAAGACCCCGAUCCGCAACCCCGCCGGAAACCCCCGCGCGUGUAGAAUCUGCCCCUUGGUGUUUCCCUCCGGCCAAGCCUUAGGCGGUCACCAGCGGGCUCACUACGUGUCCCCUGCUGAGGCUCAAAUCGCAAGCGGUGGCGGUGGACACGUCAGCAGCGAAAAUGACACCUGCCCCACCACUUAUGCUACCGUAACCGCAAGUAGCAUGACCUCAUCUGAUGGAGACGGCGCGUCAACGCGGACUCCGGCGAGGAGGCCGAUGUUCGACCUGAACGAACCGCCGGAGAUGGACUCGAGAUUGGGUCCCGGGGCCGACCCGGAAGAUCAGAUGAGAGGAGAUGAACAUGAAGUGGAAAACCCAUUACCCGCGAAGAAGAAUCCGCCUGGAAGUUCUUCAUUAGCUAUCUAA